AUGGCUACCUAUGAUCCUGCUACAUCCACAAACUCUACCACAGAGACAUUAUCAGAAGAAGAACCCAAACGCUCUCCCGAUGGAUUGUUCUUGUUCACCGUACAUAUGCUUAUAGUGAACAAGCUUGGUCACGGCACACCUCUCACUCUUCAUUGCAAAUCCAAAAACGAUGAUCUUCAGGUUCAUGUCAUUCAAUAUGACCAAAGUUUCAGGUGGAAAUUCCGACCUAAUUUUUGGGGAACAACGUUGUUCUACUGUUACUUUUGGUGGAGUGGGGGAAGAGGGGCUUAUGAUAUCUACAAGGAUCGGAGGGAUCAUGAUAGGUGCACUCAUAACUGUGAUUGGUAUGUCACCAAAGAAGGUGUAGAAGGUUACACAGAAGAGAAUAAGAAUUAUGGCAAAAAACGUAGACGAGACAUAUUGUUCAAGUGGGACGAAACAGACAAACUUACUAAGGGUGGAGAAGUAUAG